ACUUUUAAAAUACCAUGGAAUAUCUCAAUUGAACCUGCUUCCGCUACACGUUCCAGCAAGUUUGAGUCGCCAGGAGAACGAAUACAAGUGAUAUUUUGGAUGUAUUUAGUUUGUGCUUCCGACCCUCUGAAAGCGGGACGUUUAAUUUGCUCAUGUCCCAUGAGUCAGCCAACGGCAAAAGGGCUUUAUCUCUCCUCUCCACACCCUCCCCCCGCUUCCGGAGACAGGCUCCGCCCCUGUUAGUAUGUUUUUGUAUUGUCUGUGCGCGGAGACAUGUCUCUGAAACAGCUACUUGCUGGCGUUCUUUUUGUCGCUCCUUUUAUCUACUGGAGCCCUAGCUUGUUGCUAGAUGUGUCGCCACUGCUGCUGUUGGCUUUCAGCUGGAGGCUGCUCGAUGCUCCGGCCACAGAGAGGAACAGAGAUGAGCUGAACCACAGCCUGGAUCCCCGGGAUCAGGGAUUGCCCGAGAGAACCGCGGAAGUAAACCAACCUCAUGAUCAUGUGGAUGCAAUUGAUGGGAGAGUGCUUGAUCCAGCCCUUCGACAGUCCCUCAGGAAAGUGUUUGAAUGCAGUUACUCACAGUUCAUCUUGUUAUGGUACAAUCCACCUGAACCCCGAACUGAUCAGCCACUCUACCAGGUCCUGCUCCAUGAGUUUAACUUGGCUGUAGAUCAUGCAGUCUCAAAGAUUCUGAAUCUGGACCUCACCAGAAUAGAAAUCGAAUUGAUUCGAAGACUUACCAACCAUUUGCAUACUGCCAAGAAGAGAAAGGAGAGAGGGAAGAUGUUCCAAACUCGACAAGAAGAGGUGUCUUUUCUGAGGGAGGCUGCAGAAACCCUGAUAGGCAAUCUCCUUCCGGAUUCAUUAUGGAAAUUAAAUACUUACCAACAAGUACUGAAGGAGGUUGUUGCACUGAAAGUUUUAGAGGAAGUGAUAAACACGGUCUGUGAUGUGGAUUUUAUCAAUCAGACAUUGAUCAAAUUUUUGGAUAAAGAUUCAGAUGAAACUAAAGAAGUUGAAGACGUUAAAAACCCUUCCCCAAAAAUGGGCACAAAAAAUGAAAUCAAUAUUCCUAAGGCAAACAAGAAAAAGAAAUGGAGCAAAAAAGCAUUGAAACGAGUACAAAAGUUCUUAAAAAUAUUUGAGAGAGUUAGAAAGAAGAGUACUGAAACCAGGUCGUCAUUUGGCUACACAGAUGAAGUUGAUGGACAGUCUUGUUCUGAACAUGAAGAUGUUGACCAGAACUUUAGAUCGUUUCCUGCGAAUGUGUCCAAUUUGGAAGACAGUAUUGACGAUUCUGCUGAAGAAGACGGUUUCAAAUUUCAUGAUGAGAUGCUUGAAUGGCUGAAAGAAAACAGCCUUAUUCCCUCUGAAAAUGAAGAAACAUCACUAAGAAACUGCAAGAUCACUAUUUCAAAGGUACUUUGGGACGAAAUAAAGAAUCCAACUUGUAUAAUAGAUGUAGAAAAUCUGGAAGUUGCGGAGGAAUGCUGGUCUGUUCAGAGAAAAUACCAUGAAUUUGAGAACCUUCAGAAAGAGCUCAGUAAGACAUUCAAUUCUUUGGUUGGAACAAGGCUCCCAUCAAUCAAACCUGACAUAACUGACAGCAAAUUCAAAGAAGACAUUGAAUGUCAACUAAAUGGGUUUUUAAAGAAGCUGGUGUCUGAAGAGUCCAUUUUGCAGAAUGAGAGUACACGCAAAUUCUUCUCGGCCAAUGAUCAGCUUCGAGAGUACUGGGGCCUCUUAAAAUCUCUGUUCAAUGAGGAUGAUGAGGUAAUUUGUACAGCAAGUGAUACUUCGGAAGGCCCACGUGACACUGAUGUGGAUGAAGAUGAGCCUUUGGAAACAGCGCCAGAAAACGCAGAGAUGCCAAACCGAGACUCUGCAGAAUCACUACCUUCUGAAAUGUUUAGUGAAAACUCUGAAGCAGAUUGUGGCUUCAGAUGUAUGUCGGGUACUUCUAAAAAGAAAGUUGCAGGUGGAACCCGGAUUUGCCGCGGGGAGAUGAUAAAUAGACCAUCUCAGAAAAAGGUUCAACGAACUACAGAACAGACAGGAUGCCUCACAGACCAGCUUCAGGAGCUCUUGGAAGAAUUGCUUUGUACAGAGGAUUACCGUUUCAACAAAGUAUUUCUGACAACUGUGCUAAGUCCUCUCCUGACAUACAAGAGGAAAUUUUUUGAGAAAAAGCUGGACCAGUUCUUCAGUAAGGAACAAAUAGUUUUGUAUGUGGACUGUCUAAGAGAGACAUUAUGGCCUAAUGGAAAGCCUGCAGAACCACUUCCAGAAAGAUCCCUUAAAGAGAAAACCAUUGCUAAAGAGAGAGCUGAGGAAUUACUGCAGGAGAAAGCUUCAGGUUUUAUAUAUUCUGUUCUUCAUGGUAAAAAAAUUGUGAAACUUUUGUUCCCCAUAUUUCAAGAUGCGGAAACUAAUAAGACACUUGUAUAUAACGUGCUGAAGUUUCUGUUGUCUGAAAUCACAGCCGGCAAUAAAGGAUCCUUGGUAACCUGAUGUGAUGUCUUGUUUGAGAAGAAUAAACGACAAUGUGUUAAAUGAUAAAUCACUAUGACAGCAACCAAAUUGGAAAAGAAAAUUGCCUUGGAACAAAUUAUGAUAUUCAUAAACAAUUAAAAAUGUUAGGAGCAUGCUGUUCAAAAUGCUCUUCUGCAGACUACAAAGAUUCCGCCAACUCAUCUGACCACUUGACAAUGGAAUGACAAUGAAAUGUUUUAUAGAUAUUUUUAAUCAAUCUGUUCAGAAAUGUUAUUAUACAGCUCUGGAGCAGGUGGGACCCGAGCCCAGGCCUCCUUACUCAGGGUAGGGACACUACACAUGGCCCAUGAAAUGCUUUACAAGCUUGUGGGAGUGGCAGUGCUUAUUCAUCGAUCUUUGUGCCAGAUAUUGAAACAUGUAUCUUCCAGAUUUUUAAAAAAUAUUUCAGGAUUAGCAACAAUAUGUGAGUCAUACAUUGACAGACAAUCUGCAAUACCUUAAACGUGGUGUUUACACAAGAGGUUGAGUUCUUUCCGAGGGAUGUUUUCAAGCCAGUCAGCAUCCUGAACCAUUCCUUUCCACCAUGUAUACAAAGAAUAUUGUGUGCCUCUGAUUUUUACUCCAUGGAAUUUUUUUUUGGUGCACUGAAAAUGUCUCUCCUUGGAGACUUCCGAUAUCACUGUGCCUUUGACCAAACUUGUAAAUCAGAAUGUAAUUUCCAUUGAUUUCCUUCCUGUAUUUUAAAUAUGUUAUUUCUGUUUUUCUGAGACAUUUUACCCUUUUACAAGCACUGUAUUAAUGUAUAUUUUUGUGAACAGAUUUGCAAUCCUUAGUUUAUUUUUAAAAUUCAACAGAAUUGUAUAGAAUUCAAUUCCUGUAGAUGAUGUAUGAGGAGCUCCAUGUUUAAGUCUUAUUGGAGUUAGUAGAUCCCUAGAUGGGAUCAGGAAGGUACAGAGUGUAGAAGCAUAGAAAAUCAGCAGCAAAUAGAGUUAAAGGGUGACAAAAUGAUAAAAAGACAACAUUUGAAUGUAUAUCAUAUUCAGAACAAAAUAAAUGAACUAACAGCAUAGUUAGAGGUAAUAGAUAUGAUCAUAUAGCCACAAUGGAGAUAUGAUUAUGCUAGGAGGUAAACCGGGAACUAAAUAUUGAGGGGCAUGUGACUUUUUGAAAGGAAAGACAGGAAGGUAUAGAUGAUGGGGUGGUUUUGUUCGAAUGGACAGAAUAAAUAUGAUAGCAAGAAAUGAUCUCGCAUUGAAAGAUGCAGAAUCAAUGGAUGAGUGGAGGUAAUAGAUAACAAGAGGAAGAAGACAUUAGUGGGAGUAAUCUAUAGGUCCUCAAACAGUAGCUCUACUGCAAGACAGAAUAAAUCCGGAUAUAACGAGGGCUUGUAAAAAGCGGGAACAUUGUGCAUUAAUCACAAAAAGCUAGCAGCCAAGUUCAGCAGGUGAUUAGGAAGGCAAAUGGCAUGUUAGCCUUUAUUUCAAAUGGAAUGGAGUACAAAAAUAGGGAGGUUACUAAAACUAUACAAGGCACCAGUUUGACUACCCGUGGAAUAUUGUGAACAGUUUGGUCCCCAUAUCUAAGGAAAGAUAUACUGGCAUUAGAGGCAGUGCAGAGAAGGUUCAAUAGCUUAAUUAUCAGGUAUGGAGGGAUUUUCUUGAGAGAUUGAGUAGUUUGGGCCUGUACCCAUUGCAGUUUAGAAGAGAGAGAAGCAACCUUAUUGAAACAAACAAGCUUCUUAGGGGCCUUGACAGAGUAAAUGUGGAAAGGUUGGUUCCCCUAGUAUAAGAGUCUAGGACCAGAGGGCAUAAUCUCAAAGUAAGGGAUUGCCCAUUUAAGACAGAGCUGAGGAGGUAUUUAUUAGAGGGUGGUGAAUCUGUGGAAUUCUUUACUGCAGAAGGCUGUUGAGGCUGGGAUAGACAGAUUUUUAAUCAGUAAGGGAAUCAAGAGGAAAAUGCAGAAAAGUGGAGUUGAGGAUUAUUAGAAACAGACGUUGUUGGAAAAGCUCAGCCGGUUUGGUAGCAUCUGUGAAGAGAAAGCAGAGUUUACGUUUCGGGUACAGUGACCCUUCCUCAGAAUGGUUUUUAUUGAGGAUUAUUAGGUUAGCCAUGAUCUCAUUGAACAGUGGAGCAGACUCAAUGGGCUGAAAGGCCUACUUCUGUUCCUGCGCCUUUUAGUUUAAAUGGUAUAUUUCAAGUGAAUUAACAUUUUAGGACAGAUGUGCUUAUCUGCUUUAUAUUUUGUCAGUCCUAGAAAUUGCAUAUUGUCUGCAGGUCAAAACCUUUAUCAAACUUCAGGUAUUUUGAAACAAACAUAGAAUACUGGAAAACUCAACACCUGGAAAAAUCUGUCAGGCCUGCUGAGUUUUCUGUGUUUGUUUCAGAUUUCCAGGAUCUGCAGUAUUUUGCUUUAAUUCAGAUACUUUGAAUUUAUUGGCUGUACUUUUAUGUGUAAUAUUUUAAAUUUGAACUUGUAAGUGGACUUUUCAAAUGUAUUCCUUAGCCUAUUUUAAAUUUCAGUUUUGUUCAAUGA